GUCUUGACUUGUGAUCGAGGGAGACGCGGACUGCAGCAGCCUCCAGGUCCCUUUUCACAUGGAGAUUUGUGCCUCGGUCACGGCGCAGCAGAUCUUGGAAACGGGGACCGGGGCCCUGCUGCUGAUUUUUCCCGCACUGCUCUCAACCUCGAUUUCAUUUAUUCGAGAAAAUGCAGAACACAAACAGCAGAUGAACUAUGAAUGCUGAACACAAUGAUCUCCUCCCUCCAGCGCCAGACAAUGAGAGGUCGUAGGCUGAAGGGGGCGCUGUCCAACCCCCUCUUUGUGCUGCUUUUAGCCCUUCAGAUCCUGGUGGUGGCUGGGCUGGUUCGCGCUCAGACCUGUCCGUCUGUCUGCUCAUGCAGUAACCAGUUCAGCAAAGUCAUAUGCACCCGCCGAGGUCUACGGGAUGUCCCAGAUGGCAUUUCCACCAACACUCGCUACCUGAACCUCCAGGACAACCUCAUCCAGGUCAUCAAGGUGGACAGUUUUAAACAUCUGCGCCAUCUGGAGAUCCUGCAGCUGAGCAAGAACCACAUUCGCAGCAUUGAAAUUGGUGCCUUCAAUGGGUUAGCCAGUCUCAACACUUUGGAGCUCUUUGAUAAUCGGCUCACGACAAUCCCCAAUGGAGCAUUCGAGUACUUGUCCAAGCUGAAGGAGUUGUGGCUCCGGAACAACCCCAUUGAAAGUAUACCAUCAUAUGCCUUCAAUCGAGUCCCCUCACUUCGAAGGCUAGAUCUGGGUGAGCUCAAACGUCUCUCCUACAUUUCUGACGGAGCUUUCAAGGACUUAAGCAACCUGCGCUACCUGAACCUGGGAAUGUGCAACCUCAAAGAGAUUCCCAACAUUUUACCGUUGAUCAGGCUUGAAGAACUUGAAAUGUCAGGAAACCAGCUCUCUGUUGUCAAGCCCAGCUCAUUUACCGGAUUAGUGAACCUCCAGAAGCUGUGGAUGAUGCAUGCCCAAAUCCAAACUAUCGAGAGGAAUUCAUUUGAUGACCUGCAGUCAAUGGUGGAGCUCAACCUGGCUCACAACAACCUCACCUUUCUACCACAUGACCUCUUCACGCCACUGCAUCGCCUGGAGCGGGUCCACCUCCAUCACAACCCUUGGAACUGCAACUGUGAUAUCUUGUGGCUCAGCUGGUGGCUGAAGGAAACUGUACCUGCCAACACCAGCUGCUGUGCACGUUGCCAUUCUCCGUCAGCUUUUAAAGGUCGCUACAUUGGGGAACUGGACCACAGCUACUUCCAGUGUGAUGUUCCUGUCAUUGUGGAGCCACCCAGUGACUUGAAUGUGACAGAGGGCAUGGCUGCAGAGCUUAAAUGUCGUACGAGCUCGUUGACAUCCAUCAGCUGGCUUACACCAAAUGGCUCAUUGGUGACACAUGGGGCUUACAAGGUGCGUUUGUCUGUACUCAAUGACGGGACACUGAACUUUACUAGCGUCACAAUGCAGGACACUGGGACAUACACCUGUAUGGUUAGUAACACAGCAGGCAACAUUUCCGCCUCUGCUGUCCUUAAUGUUACGUCCGUGGAAAACAGUGGUGUGACCUAUUUCACCACAGUCACCGUGGAGACCAUUGAGACUCCAGGGGACGAUAGCCAAACGCCGUUCGGCUGGGUGUCGUCCUCAACAACUAAAGGUACUCCUGUGUCAACGAGGACCACAGAGCGGACUUACACCAUUCCAGUUCUUGAUCCGGAUGGAGAGGGAGCCCUCAACGGCCUGGACGAAGUGAUGAAAACCACCAAGAUUAUCAUUGGCUGCUUCGUGGCCAUCACGCUCAUGGCCGCCGUUCUGCUGGUUAUUUUCUACAAGAUGAGGAAACAGCAUAACCAGCAGGAUCCCGAUGGCCCUGCCUCCUCUAUGGAGGUCAUUACUGUUGAAGAAGAGCUUGCAGGUGUUGCUGCCAUGGAGAGACACCUAUCGUUGCCCCCUCUGGAGCACUACAACCACUACAACACCUACAAGAGCACUUACCACCACCCGUCCAUGCUCAGCACCAUACACAGCUCUGCCACACAGGAACCUUUACUGAUUCAAGCCUGCUCAAAAGACAAUGUACAAGAGACCCAGAUCUGAUCUUGUAUUUGACUAAAUAUCCACUAUCAGCAGUUUCAUACAAGUACAAUGGACAAAAACACGAAGACAAAAGAAAAUCAAAAAUGGCAUUGACUUGACAGAGUUGAUGUCGAUAAUAGCGAUAAAUCAGCAUUUGG